AUGAAUCUCCAAACAUGUAUCGGUGUCUAUAUAUACCCUAGCCUGCAAAAUCUAGGGUAUAAAAGCCCCAAAAAAUUUCUCCGCCCAAGAGACAGAUCCUUCGCAAUCCAACAACGGAAUCUCUUCCUCCUGCAGAUUCCUUCCAUUUCGUUCCGACGAUCGAUUGUUGGGAUGGCGACGUUUGAGCUGUACCGGAGAUCGACGAUCGGAAUGUGUCUGACAGAGACUCUUGACGAGAUGGUUCAGAGUGGCACGCUUAGCCCCGAGCUAGCCAUCCAAGUCCUUGUCCAAUUCGACAAGUCCAUGACUGAAGCUCUGGAGAGCCAAGUGAAGACCAAGGUGUCUAUCAAGGGGCACCUGCACACUUACAGAUUCUGUGACAACGUCUGGACCUUCAUAUUACAGGAUGCAAUGUUCAAGAAUGACGAUCGUCAGGAGAAUGUGAGCCGGGUGAAGAUAGUGGCAUGUGACUCUAAGCUGCUCACACAGUGA